AUGGUCUUUGCACCUAGUAAAGAAGAUAAUCCACCAAUAAGAUUAUCCAGCAGAGAAAACAUGAUUAUGGUAGAGUGUGGCGAAAAUAUGGUUGGAAAUGGUGAAGAUUUGUUAAAUUUUGUGUUCAAAGCCGCCAUGUCUGCUGGUGGUCCCUCAUGUCUAAAAUAUAUUGCAAUGAUAUUUGUUUCUGAAAUUGAUGGGUCUGUUUUCCAAAUACAAGUUGUAGUUUGGUUUGAAAAUAUUGACCUCAAUUUUAAUACAGAUGUUCAUUCCAAUAUGGUCUUUGCUCCGUUUUAUUGUAUUGCACCUACCAACGAAGAUGAUCCACCAAUAAGAUGA